AGUGGCGCUGCCGGGGUAGCGGCCGUAGCGUAGCGCGGCGGCCCGAGGCAGGCGCGCGGCCGACAGGCGGGGCGGGACCCCCCAGUCCCACAGUCGUGGCCGCACAGCCGUCGGGGUCGGGGGUGGUGUUUCGCCUUGCUGUCGCCUCGCCUCGCCCAGCCCCGCCGCUCGUCGCUCGUCGCAACACGUCGCCAGUCGGCGCGCCGGUCCGCUCCGGCCGAGGCUCCGGCCGACACGCGGAGCGACACGCGCAGCGCGCGGACAUGGACAUGACGGCGGACGACAUGUUCCGCUCCGCGCAGCGCAAAGGACGCUCCGCCUCCAUCUGCGCGCCCAGCUUCUCCUCCAUGGAGGCCAUGGUCACGGCCGCGUCCACGCCGCCCGAUUCCGGGACGCCGUCGAGCAACCGGAGGACGGGGCGGCGGCCGGCCACGCGCUCGCACAGCGCCCGCAUGUCGGGCGCCAACAAGAGCGUCCGGCCCAGGCCCGCCCAGGAGCACCACCACAGCAACACCAGCAUGCGCUCUGGCAACUCGGAGCCGCGCCUCAACCACCACGGUGACAGCCUGGACGCGCCGCGCAUCGGCGUGACGGGCGCCUCCGGCUCCAACACCCCCGAGAGCUCGCCCGCGGGCGUGCGCAGGCGGCCGGCGGGGGGCCGGCGCGCCUCCUCCAUGCACCACGCGCACACGGGCACCGUGCACCGGGACCACCACCAGCACCGCAAGUCCACCGCCUUCCUCGACGUCCCCGACCUGGGCCACGCCCGGGGGCCCGACGAGGACGAGGACUCGUAUCGGCUGCGCUCCUUCAGCGCCACGUCCAAAGGUGUUGUGAACCGAGGCGACUCGUUCCGGCGCCGGCGGUCCCGAAGCAACUCCUUGCUGCCCGCGGAUGCCACGCCGCUGCUCAGAUCGCCCGCCGCCCCUGCUGCCCCGACCAUUCCCACCGUCUCCGACCACGACUCCUACCGCGUGGCCAUGCUGGGCGCGCGCGGCGUCGGGAAAUCAGCCCUCAUUUCCCAGUUUAUGACGUCUGAGUGCAUCAACGCCUAUGACAGGCAGAGAGACAUACCCAAGGAGCAAUCUGUAUCAAUCAUGCUAAACGGGGAGGAGUCAGAGCUGCAGUUCAUUAACAUAAGCAAUACAAAGGAGCUGGAGAAUGGAGAACCUUGUGCAGCACUAGUCAUGAUGUAUUCCGUGGUAGAUAAGGCUUCGUUCCAAAAAGCUGAGCAAGACCUACAACGUUUGCAAGAAAUUGGCAUGCUUCGAAACCGAGCAGUAAUAAUGGUGGGCACCAAGGUGGACCUAGCAAGAAGUAGAGCCAUCUCAACCCAAGAUGGAAAAUGCCUUGCGUGCACCUACAAGGUGAAGUUUAUUGAGAUCUCUGUGGGAAUCAACCACAACGUCGACGAGCUCCUUGUCGGCAUCCUCAGCCAAAUUCGUCUCAAGGCUACCUUGACGGAAAGGGAGGGCGGUGCCCAUUGGUACAAGAACAGAGGAGUGGUGAGGGCAUCAAUGAAGGCUAGGCAAAUGUUUACCUGGAUAUUUGGAAAAGAAGACAGCAAAUUCAAAAACUGUGAAAACCUCAAUGUGGCCUAGGAUUUUAAUUUCACAAAUGUUAAUAUAUAUAUGUUUUUAAAAAUUACCAAAAACUAGAGAGUGAUUUGAGAUGCUGAGAAGUUAUUUUCAAAGUAUUAAAAGCAUAACGAAGCAAAUUAGUUUACCAAUUAAAACUAUGGGGACAAAUCUAAAGAUAGAGUAAGUCAUGGCAUGGUUGCUUAUGCCAUACAGUCCGCGACGUAAACAAACAUAAAAAUCAAAUCUAUGAAGUGAAAUGUGGAAAUCGUGUUAUGUAGGAAUCAUUUCGCGAAUACUCUCGUACGGACAUUCGUAUUUUUGAUGCAUCAUGUGUGCUGAAAGCACCAACAUCCAGAAAAGCGUUUACUUGAUUUAUUCAAUAAUUUAUUCAGGAUUCAAGAACAAUGCGCUCGUCUUGAGAGCAUUUUGAUUGUAGCCAGUAAAAAAACAAGCAGAGUCCUCAAAUAAAUCAAGUACAUGACAAAUCAAGUCCAUCGUGCUUAUAUUUUGAUUGCACUGAGAAUCGACGCGAUAUCAAAUCGAUAUUAAAAUAAUUUCAAAUAAGAAAUGUGUCGGUUUGAGGAUCUUCUCAUUAUCGAUUCGACACGAAAAUCGACAAUAUUCUCACUGAGUUUCGUUUUAAAGAUGAAGUAUUCGUAUUUUUGUGCGCGAUAGAUUUUGCCCUUUAUGUUCAAGUGUGUGACAAAAGACAAUGAAUAUAAUGGCUACGAUAAAUGUCAAUCGUGUUAUACAAAAAAACAGGGUGAGUGUUUUAAGCUGGAUUUUUUUUGGUAUACUGUACCAUACCGAGUAGGUAACACGUAAGGCGCCGUGGACAGGUACGGUACAGUCUAAACUACAGAAGUGCGCGGGGUUAAUCAGCCACCUGGUAUGUAAGCAUCUCAGAAUUAUUUUUUUUCUUUGGUUAUUCAAGCCCAUUUGCAUUAGCAAAUUUGAGGCUAUGAUGCAUCUAUUGUUCAGUGGUUCAGCUUUUCUCCUUUCUUCAUUAUUGGGAUCGCCUUGAGAGUUUUCCCUAGAUUCAUUAGGGGAAUUGCUGGAGCUUAGCGCCUGCGAGACUCGGGGUAGGCCAGCCCGCGAUACAUGCCUGUACUGAGGGCAAGAUAUUGCCUACCUACCAGGCGCUACGGGAGCUCUUCUUAACGGCUAGAGACUUUGAAAUUUUUUAACGGCGAAUGACGGACGUACUUUUUUUUGACGAUCCUUUAGUUAAUCGAGCCAUAAAACGCCUCAAGCAAUCUAUGCAUACUGCUUGGAUUAACCAUACACACAGAGGCCUCGGCUCCCACCACGGACCACGGUGCCUUAACGGCCCGGGCCCGUGCACGUUCGCAGCCUGUCCACACACCUGCAUGUGGUACAGAAUAACCAGAAAAAAAAACGGCGUUGAACACCCACCCUGCAGAAAUCACCUAUUUUGCUUCUCGGGGUUCAUGGAACUCUAUUAUUCUAAUUGAAACUGGAAACUUUACGACUUACUCGGCAUACUGAACUACAAGAUAGCUUAUUCGAUUUAAACCACAAAAAGUGAACGUGCCAUGUCAAAUGAGGGUUUCCAAAAUGUGUCACGCUAGGGCGACAUACCAAAAUGUGCGCCCCUGUUGCUGUUUGUACAUAUAUACAUGUUAGUGUGUCUUUGUUGUGAUGCUGAUCUUCAAGUAUCUCAUAACAUAUUAGAAAGUUAUUUUUGUAUCCCCAAAUCUUAAGAAUCUGCCAGACCAGAAUUUUGCAAACAUCUACUGACCAAAAUCGAAGCUUAUCCUGUAAGGACAUAAAAUGAACUUGUUAUAUUUUGGUUGUUCGUUGAACUUUUCUUUUAAACUACGGCAGUCUCUGAAGACAAUUUAUAAAUAUCAUAUUUUGUUAUCUAUUGCAGUAAUUGUUAGGCCUACAACGAACUGGAUCUCUUCUGACAUGUUCCGGAAAAACCUACUAAAACCUGGGUGAUUUUUUUGAAUUUAUGUAGGGUUCAGAACAGGUACGUCAUAAAUUCCUGUCUGAAAACUACUGUAUGCGUUGCACGCUGGAAAAGUAACUUACGUUUGAUCACUUAAUGUGAGAGGCCGUUUAGGGAACGGUCUGCUGCAUAACAUUUUAAUUUAAUUGAAAAUAUUGAAAAUGUUAUUUUGGAGCUCUAUUCCUCGACCUCUUUCUUUGGUACAAAACUUCCAAGCUGACCAGCGGUUGCGUGAAUAUGUGACUUGCCCUGUAUUGGUCCCGCGCGAUAAUAAAACUUAUGUGUUCUAAAAACACGCGUUUGACGAUACCUUCUAGGUGGUCCUUUGGUUCAUGGCGUAACAUUCCUUAGGCCCUGCAGGCCCAAUUUUAUUUAACGGUGUAGUCGGACACUCCUCCCAAAAAUGAAUGCACUUGUCCCAUUGUCAGCUUCUGAAAAUGUUCUCCUAUAAACGUUCCCCGGCGGGUUGGAAUGAGCCUCUACAUUGGGAUUUUAAGAGCUGGCCGUUGGCAGUGCCUUGUAGGUGCUACCAGCAUUGGGCAGGCUAAAUUAAAGAGGGUGACCACGUUCAUUGUGGGGACACCUUUACCCCGCUGCUUAUUUCACUUCACCCCGGAAUAAACGUGUUAGAAGUAUACCGGGUACAAUCACUCACUGACGGACGAUUAUGUACACAUUUCUUUAUGCCCUUUGAAUCCAUGUGCAUGAUAAGUCGAUGGACAUAACAGAAGGUGUGCAAUUUAAACUGACCUGGUGUCGAGGCUAAGACAGUACGUUGGGCUGCCUAUGAACUGACUGCGGGCAGGUGCGGGGCUUGUGGCGAGGGAGUCUCCCCACCACCAGUACGUUGGGCUGCCUAUACACUGGCGGGCUGCAGGCGCGGGGUGGGUAGCGGGGAAGUGGCAGCUAGCCCAUUGCUCUCCCUCCACCCGCCCGCGCCUGCACCCCCUUCAGCCGGUGCAUAGGCAACCCAACUUACUGGCAUGUCUUAGCCUGGACACCCGGUACCAUUAAAGUGUCGCCGUGGUGGGCCGGGAUCGUCCCACAGACGCCUGCCAGUGUGGCACUGCCGGUACGAAUGGCAAACAGAUCAGCGGAAGGUCCCAUGGAGACAACCUAGAUCUAUCCAUUUUUGUACGGGACUCCGUGGACAUUGUCUAGGGGAACAGUUCAUAAAGACGAGGGGGCAACGCGCUUUCUCGCGGCGUAUCACCCUUAAUAUAGGGAUUUAGCUACGUCCCAUUAGGGAAAGUUAUUGCCACAGGGAAAGUUUUACUAUGGAGGGAUCUUCGGCCGUCUACGUAUUUAUACAAUUGGAUUCGCACACUGUUGGGCAUGUUGUCUUAUCAUAAGUGAUAAACUUCUGUUCGGAAUAUGUAAAGCAGCCAUUUGACUUCCCAUUGUGACAAUAAGAGCCCUAAUUUUUUAAAAAAAUCGGGUACUAUAGCGUUGAGUCAAACGGUCUAUUUUCAAAUUCUGAGAAUAGUACCUUUAGGUAGCUUCCUUACCAGCGAGAUACGAGUGAGAAUCCCCUAUCUUCCAUUUUAUCGUACCAUAAUAGCAUUGUGUGACCUUAGAUUGUUGUCCAUGAAUGUUCUGGUCUUUUCCAAAAAUAAACGUCUUGUAUACAGAAA